UGAAACACGAAAAGAUGGUCCCUGGUAUUUAGUAACCAUAACCUUUAAACAAGAUACUAUAAAAUUCUGUUUCUAGGCCUAUCCAUAAGACCUUCCGCCCCACAACCAAUCUCCAAAGAGUACCUAGCCUAUUAUUAUCCACACGCAUAUGUUUUGUGGUAAAAUUAAACUGAAAUUUGAAGAAUGAGGUCCGUCCACCACUACCAUCAUCCACCACCACUCUCCACCACCCUAAACCACCAGCCUGCACCAUCAGGAUUAGGUGGGGUGUUGGUGUUUCAAAGACACAACUUUUACUUGCCAGUAGUAAAUCCCACGAGGAUCAAGGCCAUGGCUAUAACCACCUCCCGUCUGGUGGUUCUAGGUGUCAAUUCACCAGCGACCACCGGAGAUUUAACAGUCUUGAUUCCCACAAGUCUGGCGUUCUUAUUUCUUUACUGGAUUGCCAACUUUGUGGUGCCAGGAAUGGUGAUGAGGGACCUUGAAUCUGACGAUGCAAAUAAAGAUGAAAACUCUAACGAGGAAGGCUUCAAGUGA